AUGAUUGACGGAGACGACGGCGUGGUCCUGCUUCUCUACGAGGCGUACAAGGCGCACACCGAGCGCGUGCGUGACGCCCGCCGCAACGUUCAUCAACUCCUGCUGGAGGAAGAGUGGCGCGUCGCCAUGCGAUCCCGCCACUACCUCACCACGCAGUGUCUCGACGCGCCGUGUGCAUCAGGCUGGAUGACGCUGUACGAGUACGGCACUGACAUCAACUUCUUGAACGCUACGAGUCUGAAGCGUAGCGCGUUUGAUCAGUUGCUCUGUAGAUUCUCCUGCUUCUACUACAUGCCGCCGCCGUCGUCAAGAGGGCGCCCACCCAAGCUGCGUUACUUACACCAACUGCUGGGUCUCGUUCUUACCUUCUACGACGGGUCGAUGGAGCAGAGCUCCCUAUGCAUCACCUUUGGGGUCCCGCCCAGCACGCUCUCCAGGACGCUGCGCAAAGCCGAAGAGGCGCUAGCGCGGGCGCUGAACGGCUACGCUCCUGUGCGUAUCUCGUGGCCCUCGCCCUCGCGCCAGGUAGAAUUGGCGCGGAUGUUCAACAAGCGUGAGACUUUGCUCACCCACACGUUCGGGUUUAUAGAUGGUAAAAACCUUCGUGUGCAAGAACCUUCUAACGCAGACCUUCAGAACGCCAUGUACAAUGGCUGGCUGCACUCGGUCUUCGUGACCGGCACGAUGUGCUUUGCAGCCGAUGGCUGCAUUAUCUGGUCUCGCCACAACUGCCCGGGGUCGUGGAACGACUCGGACACGUCCUUGAAGUACCUCGGCAAGCUGACGGACCUCCAGUACUGCCCCGAUGGUCGUAUGGGCGUAGUGUCCGAUUCCGCCUUCCCGUGCUCCACGGCCAUGACGGGGCGAAUCCUCACCCCGUUGAAGGACGGAGAUAUCAAGAAAAUUGAGCCUUCACUGCGCGCCACCGCACGCACCCUACACAAUGCUAUCACUUCCAUCCGCCAGGCUGCAGAAUGGGGAAUGGGUAGCUUGCAAAAGUUCUACAGCAGACUCAUCUUGCCGCUGCCCUACGACCCGAACCUACGAGGCAUGCGCAUCGGCAACCUAUUCCGGCUUGCGAACUACAGAGUUCGCACAGUCGGGAUUUCAGAGAUCAAGACCACGUUCUCGGGCGCGAUGGAGAUGCCCGAGCAACUAGCGCUGUAA